AUGGACAAUAAUUUUUUAAAUAAAAAUAAAAUUAAAUUAUUAAUUUCUAUUAUUAUAAUAUUUUCGGUUAAUAUAAAAAAUUGUGAUUGCUGUUGUAAAUUUCGUGGUGAAAUAACACCAUCAUUACAUGAAGAAACUAAAUUAGCUAUUAAAUGGCAUGUUAAUUUAGAAUGUGAAGAGUGUAUUAAAGGAGGUAAAUAUCACCAAAAAACAGUUAUAGAUUCAAAAAAUGGAAGGGGAGCUCGUUUUGAAUUUGAUUUGAUUCCGGCAAGAGGAAAAUAUAUAAAAAAGAUUAACGUAAAAAUUUCUUCCUUAGAAAGACUUUUUGGGCUUGAACGUACAAAUACUUGGAUAUUAAAAAAUCCAAAUUGUGAACGGUUACAUCGUUUCCAAUUUGGACAUUUUUCGCCUUUAAAUGAUAAAAGUCUUUAUUUACGAUUUAAAUUUAAAAAUUCAUUGGAUGAUAAACUUUUAGUUAAACUUGAAGAGAACGAUUUAAAAAUGCAUUAUAUUGUUAAUAUUGUGAAGGCAAAUGACAGAAAAUUUAUUUUGGCUAAUAGAGAACUUUCUGAAGAUGAAUGGAAAGGUGGAAAAAAUAUAGAUGUUGAUUUGGAGAAAAUUAAAGUUAUAUCUUAUAUCAGAACUUCAAAACAUUAUCCAAUGGUUAUAAGUGUUAAAGCUGUACCAACAAUAUCUUGUGCUAUUUGUAGUUUGAGAAAGAAAACAAAAUUAAAAACAAAUGUACAGAAAUUACACAUGAUUCCGGGUUGUAAUCAUUUUGUUCAUAAAAAAUGUGCAAAUAAAAGAAUUCGGAAAAAUGCUUCACUUCAUUACUAUAGAAAGAAACGUCAGGCUUUAGAAUCUGUUAAGGAAGAUGAAGGUGAAGGUAAAGAAAGUCCUUCUGCUCCUCAAACUAAUGCAGAUAAAAAUGAAGAAGAAGGAGAUCCCCUUCCACCCCCACCCCUUCCAUCAACACCUCCACAUCAUCUUCCUUCUUGUUCAUCCUCUUCUUCACUUUCUACCUGUUCUCAUGGAUCUCCAACAACGCAGCUAGAAGUAGCUUCUUCUUCUUCCCAUUUACCUCCUCAAGAAACAAAUACAGAUAAUGUAAAUAUAAUAAAAACUAAUUUUGAAGAUAAAUGUCCGGUGAUGGAUUGUAAUAAAGUUGUUUUUAUGAAAAAGAAAUCUUCUGGAAAGUAA